UGGUACUCUGACACAGUGACUGGCUGUGUACUGAUGUUUUGUCCUCCCUGAGAUUUCUCUGUUUCCCUGAACUGGUGAUGGUUUCCCACCUGUGAUGCCCAGCCCAUACUUUAGAGCAGUACUUUACAGUCUUCAGUCACUGCUCCUGAAAACGAACUCAGCAUCAUAAUGUACAGGCGUCUGCAAGUGAGCAGAACAUCUAAGCCCACAGAAAUGGGCUCAUUGUGUACAGGGAAUUACUGCCCUGGGAACAGGCAGAAGCCAGUGAAGAGCUCAGCGCACUAUGCCUUUUGAGCACCUUCACUAUUUAGAUGGAUGAGAACAGGUACAGCAUUCAACAAAGUUGAAAAACAGUGCUAGGACCUAAGGUCCUGUGCACUUUGUUCACAGUGAAGUUAAGACCAACAGGAGCUUAAGUCACCGUAAAAAAUCCAAAGUUCAGAUUUUGGAGAUACCAUCACAUGGAAUCACCUAAAAGUAUAUUAUAAAAAUCCAUGCAUAAUGUGCUUCCUUUCAGAAGCCUUUUUUUUUUUUAACAUACCGGUGCUGCCAUUGGUAUUGAAAACACAUGUAUUCUGCUGAUAUAAUGCCAUCUAACUUUAGAGACCCACAUGGAAAGUUUAAAAAGAGCCUGAAAAAUGCUUUUGUUUCAUUUUAAGGUUCUUUCAUUUUAGACAUACCGACAUACCUGAAGACAAAUUCAUGGGUGACAAAACAUCUCUGGGUCAGUCAAAACGUCCUAUAAUUCAUGCGGCAGAUACCUAAGCAAGUGUUUACCUUUACCUGACAUGUAUGAAAGAGAGGAAGGCAGCUCCACAAAGGCUGUCUAAACAAAAAGAGAAGAUAACAGGCACUUUUCACUGUUCCUGAAAACUCCACUCCUAUCCUGCACUUCUAAAACCUCUGAUUUGUGCCCUCUGCUUUCUUGCUGCCAUGGAGAAGGUCCAAUACAUAACCCGCUCUGCUCUGAGGAGAGCCUCAACUAUUGAGGUGAACCCACAAGCACGCCAAAGGCUCCAGGAGCUCUUUGUGAAUUUCUGCCUGAUCUUAAUUUGCCUCUUGCUGAUCUGUAUCAUUGUGAUGCUCAUCUGAAGUUCCAGCACUUCUCUGCACUGU